AUGUCUCAAAAUCCCAACCCGAGCGGCAAGGUUGGCCACUUGGUUCGUAGUCAUGCGCACGAGGAGGACAUACCGGGAACCGUGAAUCUCAAGGCAGCCGAGGGGGACGAUACUGCCUAUGGACAAGCACUUUAUCCGGCUCCGGCACUUGACCCCAACGAUCCUCUUCAGUGGCCAAAAUGGAAAAAGUCCAUGAUCCUCGUGGUCUGUUCACUAUAUUCGUUCCUGGCCAGCUCGGCCCUGUUGGGUCCAUCGGUCUACAUCGGAAUAUUCUCCGCCGAGUUCGGCAUAACUCCUAAUGAGGCGGCCGGGUUGGUCAAUUAUCCCAACCUGGCGUUUGGCUUUGGGUCUCUCAUUUUCGUACCUUUGUAUCACAAAUUCGGCCGCAGACCGGUAAUGCUCGCGUCCCUGAUUCUGUAUUGCGCAGGGCUACUCGGCUGUUCCCUGUCGCGGACCUUUGCCAGCCUGAUGUUUUGUCGCGUGCUUCAAAGCUUUGGUUCUAGCGUUUGCGAGGCGCUGCCGGUACAACUUGUCAAUGACAUAUUCUUCCUGCACGAGCGUGGAAAACGCCUAGGGUACUAUACAGUUUGUCUCUGUCUCGGUGCCACCGGACCCCUCUACGCCGGAUACAUGCUUGCUGGGGGCUUAUCCUGGAAUCUUUUCUUUUAUGUAGAGCUCGCAUUUGGCGUCGCACUAUUUUUCCUGGCCUUUAUCUUCGUCGAGGAGACGAAUUACGACCGCGCCAAAGCCAACGAACUUGCCGCCGGACGACCAGAGACACAUUCUUCUCCGGGGGACAAGGCGUUGGUUACCGAUGUCGAGGAUGCGGCUUCAUUUGAAGGCGUCCCGCCUCGCAAGACAUUCCUCCAGACCUUGAAGUUCUGGGGCGUCUGGAACCACGAGACGGAUUUCUUCAUGAUGAUGGCAAGGUCGUUCACGUACUUCCUGGUACCCCAUGUGCUCUGGGUGAUUACCACAUACGGUAUCUACAUCGGACUCGGCGGGUUGACGUUCAACUUCAUCUUCCCCAUCAAGAUCGUGGCGCCGCCCUACAACUGGCCCGAGACGAGCGGGGGUCUCGUGGCGGUGGCGACCAUCAUCGGCUUCGCGCUGGCGGUGCUCUUCACGUCGUCGUCGGACCGGCUCGCGGCGCACCUGACGAGACGCAACGACGGGAUCCGCGAGGCGGAGAUGCGGCUCGGCGUCAUGCUGCCGGCGAUGCUGAUCGCGCCGGCGGGCCUGGCGCUGUUCGGCGCGGCGGCCCAGCUCAACCUGCACUGGGUGGCGUACUUUUUCGGCAGCGGCCUGACGCAGUUCGGGGCCUACUUCUACUUCACCUUCACGCUCGCCUACGCCAUCGACAGCUACCAGAGCAACAUCAGCGAGAUGCUCAUCGCCAUGAACAUGGGCAAGCAGGCCGUCAGCUUCGGCAUGGGCCUCAACCUGAUCCAGUGGGUCAUGGACAAGGGGUACGCGGUCAUGAUCGCGGGCGUCUUCAUGUCGCUGCUGCUGGCCAACAACCUGGUGCUGUUGGUGUUUAUGUUCUGGGGGAAGAGGAUCCGCGCCUUCAUGUCUAGGACGUGGCUGGCUUCUGUGCAUCGGGGCACCAUCAAGGAGGUUGCGACGCACUGA